AAACUAAUUGCUUCCGCUUUCUUCUCUCUUCUGUUCGGUUCCCUAUCCUUUUUAUUCUUUCCUUUUCUCUCUCGUUCUCUCUCUCACCUGACCGGGAAAACCGUUUUCCUUGUUGAUUUCCACAAAAGAAUUUGUUUCCUCUCGUUUUUUGCAAUCGGAAGUUUGUUUAGUGUGCAGAAUUUGGAGGAGAGUCCUACUGUUUGAUGUGCGGUGGAAGAAAUAUGGGGAAGCGGUGCGAAUUGUGCAAAGGAAAGGCGCGGAUACUCUGCGAAUCGGACCAGGCGCGUCUGUGCUGGAACUGCGAUGCCAGAGUGCACUCCGCCAACUUCCUGGUGGCGCGGCAUUCGAGGAACCUCCUUUGUCAAGUGUGCAAAUCUCCGACGCCGUGGUCCGCGAACGGUGCAAAGUUGAGACCUACCUUCGCGGUGUGCGAGCGGUGCGUUGAUGGUAGAAGAGGCGUUGAAAUUGAUGAGGAAGCAGAGGACGCAGCGGUGGAUGAGGAGGUGGUUGGAGAGAAUCAGGUAGUGCCGUGGUCGCCGCCGCCAGCGCCGGAGAGUAGUUCGAGCGAUGAGGAUUCCGUGAGCGGCGGAGACGCGGGGAGUUCGAUGAAGCGACGGAGAAUCGGGAGUUGUUCUUCGUGUUCUUUCUCCGAUGAAGUUCUAAGCAAUUCUUCAUCUCGUCCUAACAUCUGCACUCCUUCGCCGUCGCUCUCGGCGGCGAGUUUCUCCCACGCGCUUCUGUCACCGAUGUUGAGAAAAAAUCUAAAAACGGAGCAGGUUCGGGUCGACGCGCAUGAAUCGGACUUGGCAGAUCAGCUGCAAAGAUUCCACCGGGGCCAAACGGAUUCGAGUGGUGGUGAAAUAACUGAAUAAGUACGUUCUCAAAACCCUCCGUGGAAAACGCAGUAGUAGCAGCUAGAUUUUGAGGAUCGAAAUCCUUCUCUGACAAAGUAAUUAAGGACUGCUAAAUUUCAAGAUUGGAUUUACGAUUAGGAUUAUUCAUCAGUGUGUGAUUCCUUGGGGUUCACAAACAUUAGCCAUUUGUAUGAGUGUGUUCAUGCUACUGUUCUCCUCAAGUAUUUUAUCUUUUUUUUUUUUUUUGUCUCGGUCAAUAGAUUGAUCUGCUAAAAUUUUCCAUGAAUUUAGAAAUGUGGUAUAUAUACACAGAAUACGAUUUUUAUUUUCUCUCAUUUUAUCAAUAUUAUCAUCGAAGAGCA